GGGCGUUAAGAUAUGUCAGCGUAAAGUCUUUCACACGCAGUAGCUGCUGUUUUGAAAUGAUAGUGUUAUAUAUUGUUAAAGUACUGAGCGCUUACAUCACAGUUAUUAACUUUGAUUUCUAGCAGCAGGCCGAGCUAAACAUGCUCCGGAGGCUCUCUGUGCGCCCCCGGCCCGCCGCUCUGCUGGUAGCCGCCGCUCGGUGCGUCUGCUCCGGCUCUGUGCACGUCACCGCCCCGCUGAACUUCUGGGCUGGAAAGAGAAAGAAGAUCACGGAGAACAAAGUGAAUCAGGAAGACGUUUACGAACCUGCAACAGGGCGAAUUUUGUGCCAUUUGCAUCCAUGUGGUGCUACGGAAGUCGACCAGGCUGUGAACGCUGCCAAGGUGGCCUUUGGGCAUUGGAGCCAAAUGUCUGGGAUGGAGAGGGCAAGGAUCAUGAUCGAGGCUGCCCAAAUUAUCAAGAGGAGGAGAGAGGAGAUAGCUGAAAUGGAGGUGGUCAACAAUGGGAAGUCCAUCACAGAGGCCCGACUGGAUGUCGAUUCUGCCAGACUCUGUAUAGAGUACUAUGCAGGACUGGCCAAUACUUUGGCAGGUCAGCAUGUGCAGUUGUCCGGGGGAUCCUUUGCCUACACACGGAGAGAGCCUCUGGGAGUCUGCGUUGGCAUUGGUGCUUGGAAUUACCCAUUCCAGAUAGCUGCCUGGAAAUCAGCUCCAGCUCUGGCCUGUGGUAACUCCAUGGUGUUCAAGCCAUCCCCGGUGACUCCUGUGACCGCUGUCAUGCUGGCAGAUAUCUACGCUGAGGCCGGGGCUCCAGACGGGCUGUUUAACGUAGUGCAGGGCGGCCAGGAGACCGGCCACUUCCUGUGCCACCAUCCAGAUGUGGCUAAAGUGUCCUUCACUGGGAGUGUGCCCACAGGCAAGAAGAUUAUGGAGAUGGCAUCCAAGGGGGUGAAGCCUGUGACGCUGGAGCUGGGGGGGAAAUCUCCUCUGCUCAUUUUUCAGGACAGCGAUCUGGACAACGCAGUGAGGGGAGCGCUCAUGGCUAACUUCCUGUCUCAAGGACAGGUCUGUAGCAACGGUACAAGGGUGUUUGUUCAGAGGAGCAUUCUGCAGGAAUUUGUGGAGGAAGUGGUGAGGAGGACACGGGCGAUUGAAAUAGGAGACCCACUAUUAGAGAGCACUCAGAUGGGAGCACUGGUUAGCCGACCGCACCUGGACAAAGUCUUGGGCUUUGUGGAUCAGGCAAAGAAAGAGGGAGCUAGCGUGCUGUGUGGAGGUGAGCCGUAUCUCCCAUCAGAUCCCAAACUCAGAGGUGGAUACUACAUGACUCCAUGUGUUCUGGGCAACUGCACGGAUGAUAUGACCUGUGUGAAGGAGGAGAUCUUUGGUCCCGUCAUGUCUGUGUUGCCCUUUGAAACAGAAGAGGAGGCGCUGCAGAGGGCCAACGACACCACCUUGGGUCUGGCUGCUGGAGUUUUCACCAGGGAUGUGAAGAGAGCCCAUCGAGUGGUUGAACAUCUUAAGGCUGGAUCAUGUUUCAUCAACAACUACAACAUCACUCCUGUGGAGGUGCCUUUUGGAGGCUUCAAAAUGUCAGGCAUUGGGAGGGAGAACGGACAGGUGACGAUUGAAUACUACUCCCAGCUGAAGACUGUCUUUGUGGAAAUGGGAGAUGUGGACAGCCUCUUCUAGAGUCUGGAUUCAGUAGAAAACCUGAGCAUCACCACUGAUCCAGAAA